AUGGGCUCCUCUUCUCAUUCACCUUCCACGAAAGCCCACAACGGCUCCUCGCGCUCGACUUCGUCCCGCUCUUCUGGCUCCUCACACGGCAAGUCGCACAAACACUCCCAUUCAUCCAAAGAGGGGGUUGAACGCUACGUCCAAGAUGAGAGAGACUACAAAUCGUACGCGGUGAAGGACUACGACCCAUGUCAGGAGGCAGCGAGGAGAAAGCAUAGCGAGAUGUUGAGGGACGUGGUAGGGAAGAGAUGGGGAAGGAAGUGGGGAAGGGAGAAACGUGUGACAGAACGUGUCAGCCAGGUUCAGAGAUGA